UUUGGGAGUUUAACAUAAUAGAAUUGUGGAAACUACUAGCUCUGCAAGAAACAUUGAAACAUAAACUUCAAAAAUGAGAAUGACAUCAUUUGCCAGCGAGUAAAAUGAAGCUUUAGCAAGUGUUUUCUGCACUAAAUAUUCAGAUAUUUAUAUCAGUUGAUGUGACUAAUGGACUUUUCCAUCUGAGCUUCAUGACCAAUUAUGUAUCCUCGUCUAAUGAGAACAAACCAAAUUAAAAAGCAGAUGGUUUUUAUCAAAUGAACAUGCACUGGAUUUAUAACAUAAAGCAAAUUAUGUGAUCAAGAAAUCAUUUCAAAAUAAUGAGAAACUGUAGAAACAGGGCUACAACAAAAGGAUGUUUGAAUACAUCUUAGAAGCCAGAAAUGGUAUGUUUCCUUCUCUGUUUUCACAUGUUCUGGAAAAUAAAGAGACACUAUCAUAGAUUCCUUCAAAAGGAAAUCUAAUUCCUAUCAUUUGAUGAAGUUUCUUUUGGGCAUGACUUUUUGAGGCAAAACAAACACAAAAAUUAUGUACUGUUCUUUCUAAAUCCAUCGGCCAACAAAUUGCAAAAUUCAUGCAGUUGUCAUACUGGAGAGCAAAAGAAAGAAUUCCUACAAGACAUGAAAUAAAGCACAACUACUUCACUGUUGUCAGGGGAAAAUUCAUGUCAAAACUCUGUCAAUGACAUCAUGCAUCAAUUUUUGAAAAACUGCCAUAGUGAGCCAAAAGGCCCAUAAGGCAACAGCAAACAGGAGAAAAACCAACUGCUCCAAAAGAAUGUGUUUUUAUCCUGCUCUGGAAAUCAACAUGCAGUCUGAAUCUAACAUUACAGUGCGAGAUGACAUUGAUGACAUCGACACCAACAUGUACCAGCCACUAUCAUAUCCACUAAGCUUUCAAGUGUCUCUCACUGGAUUUCUCAUGUUAGAAAUUGUGUUGGGACUUGGCAGCAACCUUACCGUAUUGGUACUUUACUGCAUGAAAUCCAACUUAAUCAACUCUGUCAGUAACAUUAUUACAAUGAAUCUUCAUGUACUUGAUGUAAUAAUUUGUGUGGGAUGUAUUCCUCUAACGAUAGUUAUCCUUCUGCUUUCACUGGAGAGUAACACAGCUCUCAUCUGCUGUUUCCAUGAGGCUUGUGUAUCUUUUGCAAGUGUUUCAACAGCAAUCAACGUUUUUGCUAUCACUUUGGACAGAUAUGACAUCUCUGUAAAACCUGCUAACAGAAUUCUAACAAUGGGCAGAGCUGUAAUGUUAAUGACAUCUAUUUGGAUUUUUUCUUUCUUCUCAUUCCUGAUUCCCUUUAUUGAGGUAAAUUUUUUCAGUCUUCAAACUGGAAAUAUAUGGGAAAACAAGACACUCCUGUGUGUCAGUACAAAUGAAUACUACACAGAACUGGGAAUGUAUUAUCACCUUCUAGUACAGAUCCCCAUAUUCUUCUUCACAGUUAUUGUAAUGUUAAUCACAUACACCAAGAUACUUCAGGCUCUUAACAUUCGGAUAGGCACAAGAUUUUCCACAGGACAGAAGAAGAAAGCAAGAAAGAAAAAGACAAUUUCACUAACCACACAUGAGACUACAGACAUGUCACAAAGCAGUGGUGGGAGGAAUGUAGUCUUCGGUGUGAGAACUUCAGUUUCUGUAAUAAUUGCCCUCCGGCGAGCCGUGAAACGACACCGGGAACGACGAGAAAGGCAGAAAAGAGUCUUCAGAAUGUCUUUACUUAUUAUCUCUACAUUUCUUCUCUGUUGGACACCAAUUUCUGUUUUAAAUACCACUAUUUUAUGUUUAGGCCCAAGUGACCUUUUAGUAAAAUUAAGAUUAUGUUUUCUAGUCAUGGCUUAUGGAACAACUAUAUUUCACCCUCUAUUAUAUGCAUUCACCAGACAAAAAUUUCAAAAGGUCUUAAAAAGUAAAAUGAAAAAACGAGUUGUUUCCAUAGUUGAAGCUGACCCCAUGCCUAAUAAUGCUGUAAUACACAACUCAUGGAUAGAUCCUAAAAGAAACAAAAAGAUUACCUAUGAAGACAGUGAAAUAAGAGAAAAAUGCUUAGUACCUCAGGUUGUCACAGAUUAGAGAGAAGUCUAAGUUUCACCAAAUCUACAUUCAGAAGAGUUUUAAAUUCAAAUUGUAAAAACUACUGCCAAAUGUAAGAGAAAACAUUUUAAGUAUUGGUUAUGUUGUAAAUUUUCAAUGUGGAUGUCAAUUAGAUUAGGUCAUAUAUAUUCAAUUUCUUCAUUACUUAAUGUAUUUGUUGCAUGGCAGUUUGUUAAAAGUAAUAUCAUGUGAUAUUUUGUCAAUAUUAUGUCCACCAGAAGGUAUUCGUGUAAGUCGUAUUUUCUAAAGAAUAAAUACAUAGCCUUAAAACAGUGUAUAACUUUAAAAUGUAACUAACAGGCAUCUGCUUUAAAAAAAAAAUACAUGAAGUGUAUUA